AUGUCCAAGAAUUCUAGCAAAGAUUUGCAUCAUUUUUGCAUCAAUCGAGAGGAAUCUGCAGAUCCUUCAAGACGAAAAAUGAUCCUGCUACAUAAUCUCUCCGCAUCAUGGAAAGCCGAAAAAAAACGAAACUCGUUUGCGCUGAAAGCCGGGAAAUUUGACAGAUUGAACAGAGGACUAUUAUUCCACAUCCCGAAUGAGCAAAUCGCUCGCGGCAAAACAAUUGAAACGUUUUCUAAAAAUACUUUUCCCAUUCGUCGUCGUAUUGACGCAAGAGCCCGCGUUGCAGCGAGACACAUCAGUGCUAUCCACGUGGCAAUUACUCGCGAUCACGCACUGAGAGUGAGCAGGAAGAUAGAAGCCACCACGUACGUCGAGACCUCUGCCAAAACGGCAAGGUCAGUCAAGGACGCAUUCGACGUCGCUGCACUCGCCGGGAUGGGCAAGUUGAACAGCAAGUCAUUCAGUCUCCGUCGAUUCAGCCUCACUGGACAGAAGGUCAUGCUCGACAAACGAACCAAAAGCAAACUCGAACUCAGCUAUGACCUGAAAUCUCGGACCCCGAAACACUGUUUACUCAUGUAACCACACACGCGAUAACGUCAUAAUCUAGUCACUUCAUUGAUAAGGGUCAGAAACUGAUGAAUUACCGGAGUUGAUGCAAAAGAUUUCCUAAAAAUCUUGAAAGUAAAAAAUAAAAAAACGUCAAUGGAGGUAUACAAAAACUGGUGUAGAAUUCUGAGCAGAUUAUUCUUGAUCUAUGAAGGAUCAUCCUUUCAUGAAUCGAGAUUAAAUACGCAAAUUGAAUAAUUAAGCGCUAGGUAAAGAGAUACGACCAACACUUAUUUGGACUUCGACCGGAUGGGAACGUCUUUCAUAGACUACCAAUAAUCUUAAAAAAUCCCACAUUUCCACAACAUUGACAAUGCCCCUCAAGGAACAUUGCCAAUUUCGUAAUUACUGUCCAUGUUUCGCCCAACCCAUGCAACAAAAUUGGCAAAAUGAGCAGCUUAAUUCAUCGUUGAGUGGAUUUUAAAAUGUUCCCGCAAGAGACCAUGGAGAGUAACGGCAAUACAAAAUCAGCGCACAAGUUGCUUGCUGUAAAAAUUUGUUGUGGUACCUGCCACAAAAUUGUUCGUUUUUCAUCUUCAGCCGUAGGUAUGGCAUCGAAUUUUAUUUAUAGAUUGCUCCAGAGGAUUUGAUAGCUCGUGUUUGCCUCCGAUGUUUUAAGAGUUACUCAAGACUUUCUUGAAACUCUCGUCUACAAUUUGAAUUUCUUGCUCAGAUUCGGAAAAAUUUAUCAGGCCCAUAAAUUCUCGCCCAGAUGACACAUCCUACCCACAUUGAAAAAUCAGCGUCCCUUGAAAAAAUUAAAAUAAAUCAAUCAAAUACACGUGCUCACAAAAAUUAUGCAAGGAAAUUUCCGCCUGUUGACACAUUUUCGCACGAAUCUUGAAGAUGCGGAUUGCUGUGAAGUCUUGGCAUUACCAAUGGGUUCGAAAUUUGACGUUAUGUUAUCAUCAGCAAAGAAAACUUCGCAGUUUUCGAUCACCGUCCACGAUGUGGGCAAAAAGAAAACGCGUGGGCAUUUUUUUAUACAAUUAGCUUGAGUCAAGAAGUGAAAUAAAAAAGGAAUCUUUUGCUUUGUUUCGCUCUGGAA